AACGAAGAAACGAAAGCUGCAGAGGCCCAGUUCGUGGGCGGCGGGAGAAUCCGCAAACAAGUGGCCUUCGACAACGGAGCUGUCUAUACAGGCGAGUGGCUGGGCGACGCGCGCGACGGCUACGGGGUGCAGGUCUGGGACGACGGCGCGCGGUACGAAGGACAGUGGGUUAACGACAAGGCCCAGGGGAAGGGAAAAUUCGUCCACGUUGACGGGGACGUUUACUUUGGGGACUGGGUGGAAGACCGUGCCCACGGCCACGGCGUCUACCACCACGCCGACGGCUCCCG